AUGGGACUACCACUCCCAAGAAAAUUCAAGAUGUCACAAUUAGAGACAUUCAAUGGCUCUACAGACCCAUUAGAUCAUUUGGAAACAUACAAAUCUCUAAUGCAUCUUCAAGCAGUACCAGAUGAAGUUAUGUGCCGGGCAUUCCCAGUUACCCUAAAAGGAAGUGCCCGGUCAUGGUUCAAUAAGCUCCAGCCAGGAAGCAUACGUAGCUUUAAAGAACUCAGCAAGACCUUUGUAAUCUACUUCAUAGCUGGACAACGCUAUGGCAAACCAGCAACUCACCUCCUGACGGUGAAGCAAGGAAGAUGGGAGUCAUUGAGGGACUACACCACAAGGUUUAACAAGGAGGUGGUUCAGCAAGUUGAUGACAAUGACAGUUUUCUAUACCUCGUGUCUAAAGAACCACCCAAGACCUUGGCAGAGCUUAUGCUCAGAGCUCAAAAACACAUGAAUGCAGAAGAAGCUAUCUAUGCAAGACGCUCAUGGGUUGGUUUUGAUCCCCAAGCAGGGCCAUCCCAAAUUGGCGAAUUUCCUUUACCAGACAAAAAAAGGCGAAAAGUCACUAGCAAAACAGGAGGCGAACCAAGAAACAAGAAGGAUGACCCGGACCUCAAGUGGCCCGGGAAAUUAAGGUCAGAUCCUAAUAAAAGGGCUAAGGAUAAGUACUGCAGGUUCCACAAGGAUCACGGUCACAAUACAGAUGACUAUAUUGACCUAAAGCAGCAAAUUGAAGACCACAUUCAACAAGGUAGACUUCAACGUUUUGUAACAAAAAGUUAUCAGAAACUAUUUAGAAGAGAAGACACAAGUAAAGAGGGUGGAAAUGGUGCAACACCCUGGUCAGGUCCCAUUGGUGAAAUCAAGGUGAUUCAUGGAGGAUUUGCCGGAGGAGAAGAAUCUAGCAACACUAGGAAAGCUCAUCUGAGAAAGUUAAGAAUUGAGGAACACCUGGAAGUCAACACAGUUGGUUGUCCAAGCAAAUUUCAGAAAAAGGAGGAAGUACCCAUAAUUUUUUUAGAGGAAGAUACCAACGGAAUCCAAAUGCCACAUGAUGACCCCAUGGUCAUCACCAUUGUUGUAGUAAACUACCUCAUGAGAAGGGUAUUGAUUAAUAGUGGGAGCUUAGCCAAUAUCCUCUACCUCCAUGCAUAUGACCAACUAAAGGUUGGACGGGAAAGGCUAAGGCCUAUGACAUCACCACUAGUUGGAUUUGCAGGCACGCCAAUUUACCCAACAGGGCAAAUAGCCCUGCCAGUUACCAUGGGGAAGAAGGGAGCCAGAUUACAUGCAUGA